GCUACAGCACAGGACUACAUUAGCUGCUUGUUGCUUUCCAAUCCAGUGACAAGGACUAAACCUGUUGUCAGCUACCUACCCUCCUGCUUGUCCAGUUCUCAGCAUGUGCCGGGGUUUAGCUGCUCUUUCCACCUGCUUGGAAAGAGCCAAACAACUCAAGACUCGUUUAGGGAUCCUGCUUCAUAAGCCAGAGUUGGGACAUGAGGCUGAGAGCUUCAGCACGUCUGAGCAGGGCACCAAACUGAGAAACUCCUCAGAGGAAGUACUAGAAUGGAAGAAGUCCUUUGAUCACCUGCUGAAGAGUAAAAGUGGGGUGGCUACAUUCCAUGCCUUCCUGAAGACAGAGUUCAGUGAGGAGAACCUUGAGUUUUGGUUGGCUUGUGAGGAGUUCAAAAAGUCCCGGUCAAAAACUAAACUGUCAUCCAAGGCCCACAGGAUCUUUAAGGAGUUUGUUCAAAAUGAAGCACCUAAAGAGGUGAAUAUUGACCAUGAAACCAGAGAAAUAACCCGGAAGAACCUGACAGCUGCUACUUCUUCUUGUUUCGAUGCUGCACAGGCAAAAACCCGCACUUUGAUGGAGAAGGAUUCCUAUCCCAGGUUCCUGAAAUCUACCUCCUACCAGGACUUGACAGAGCAAAUCACCAGCCAUAGCACCAGCAAGCGGUUGCAUACCUGAUCCAAGUCACCUGCACUGCCAGAAACUGGGGGGUGAGGGGAAGAGCCACAUAGUGAAGCAAAGGUAGAGGAGGCAGGAGCCUGAGAAACAGCGACUGAGGCAGAAAGAGCUCUGAGCAGUGGGGUUUUGGCUAAAGUCCUGGGAUUUUAGCCUUAUCAGGAUCCCAAAUGCUUCAAUGUACCUCUGAGCUGUAGUGAGAAGCACCGUCCCCCAUCACUGGCAUGGGAGAUGGUGAAAUGGGAACUGUUGGGAGAGAGAUAUGGGUGGACAGUUUCUUAUAUGCAAGCAAGCGCUCCAGUGACGGGUAGUAUGCAAGAAGAGACUUGCACUAAAAGCAGAGAGAGAGAGAGAGAGAGAGAGAGAAGGGAGCUGGAUGAGAGGCUCCACCUGAGUGGCAGGUUCCAUUGAAAACAGGGCAGAUUCAAUUCCCUCCCCAAACUGUCCACCAUCUGAUGUUGAACUUUGUGCAGACAGACAGACGUGCAUAAAGAGAGCCUCAGUCUGCUCUCAAGACCCUGCCUCUGUACCGACACAAAUUACAAACUAUACAUAGCGCUCAGAAGUUUGCAAUUUCCACAGUGCUGGGGCCAAUGAACCCAAACUUGUCUGCAUGUUCCUGCACCAGCUGUAAUUUCCAGCAUCUCAAAUCAUAAAGAUGCAAGCACAAUUUUGGGUUUUCAGCCACAGGAGUCCUGCAUCUGCUUUGUUUUGAUUGAGAGAUUUCAGGUUCUAUUCUGCCCUCUCCAAUGCAUGCUCUGGGUGAUCCUUUACACCUCCUUCCAAUAAGACAUCAGCAUAGCAUGAACAUUCCCCCCCCCCCC